AUGUCGUACCGUUGUAGUGCGAACAUCAGAAACAUCGACGCAGACCAUGGUCCGAUACCUUUAAAUUUUUGUAAGUCCAGAUUGAUUGUGAUAUCGUCUGUGGUCGUGAAGUACGAGUCGGUGAACUUCACUCCUUCUGGAGGAAUUUCCUCGGAUUCGAUGAACGCUUUGGAGAGUCGUUUGACGAACUCCGCCUUUUUGUACGAGAGGCCGCAUUCACGCAGCUCCUGA